AUGGCGUCUGGGAGCCGUCGUCAAGGGAGGGAAUCCCCCGACGGCCGUGACCAUGGCCAAUUGACCAUCCAAGACCGCGUUGGCAUUCUUUCCAGGACUCUCAGCUCCAGCUCCACGAUCAGAUGGAUUCUACCUGCCCGUAUUCGCUCGCCUUCCAACAACGACGUUGUCUUUGUUGGACCAACCUUCGUCCAGCUUCACGAAUUCAAAGACAGCGGACAGUUGGUUGUCGUGACCGCCAAGCUCGACUUUGGCACCACAAUCACCGAUGCCAAAAUCAUCUCAGCAGAAUUGAAGUCUGUGCCAAUUGUCGAUGCCAUAUUGAAACAAGAGCGGGAUCAAGAGCAAUUCAGUAUUCGCGGUCAACCUGUCCAAGAUUCGGAGCCACCACAGAUCCUCGUCCUCAUCACGAAAGACAAUGAUUUGAUUUACGUCUAUGCAAGAAAGGAUGCUGUUGGAGAUGUCAAACUCAUCUUCGCCAAAAGGCCGUUCUUGGGAGGGGUGGAUCUGCCUUCAAGAGAAUGUCGGGAUAUCGCUGUUGAUCCAGAAUCCCGUGCCCUUGCAGUAGCUUCACCAUCGGGCUAUUUUGGAGUCUUCAAACUAAACUAUGUGGAUGAGAUCAAGUCAGAGAUUGAUACCUGGGAUCCACUCAACCCUACCUCUUUCCGUCCCUCUGAAGAGCAACGGUUUAUUCAAGUGGCUGGCAAGAUUUUGAUGAUGACCUUCUUACGCAGUCCCGAGGGCGAUCCCAAUAAGGUCAUCCUGCUUCUGCUGGUUUACUCUGGAGAGGCGGAACAGGGAACGCAUCAAUACCUCUACAGAUGGGACACGCGCCAACCACUCCAGACAAUCCAGCCAAUGACAUGCAGUGGGCGCAAGUUGAGAGAAGAUCAGCUGCCCUUGAUGUUGAUUCCGUCAACGCGCCCUUUUUCGUACAUUGUGGUCAUGGCGGCUGGCAUCAGUUACUAUGAGAAUGUCCAUUCUUCUCAAAUGAAGCGAGUUUACUGUCGAUGUAUGGACAACAUCAACACAAAUCUGGAGUGGGUGCAAUGGGUCAGACCUAGGCGCCACAACCAGUACCUCGAGCGAUGCGACGAUAUCGUCGUAUUGCGAGAAGACGGGCUCUUGAAAAACUUUCUAAUCGACAAAGCGUCCAGCACAAAGUUCAGCACCAACAACACUAUCGGCCAUCUCGGUUUCAGUGUUGACACAGCAUUCUGCAUGCUCUCUGGACCCCCUAGGACAGGCGGUGAUAUCAUCAUAGUGGGUGGCAGCUUGACCGACGGAGGAGUCUUUCAUGUCUCUGCCCGAGGAUCGCCAGAACGCAUUCAGCGUAUCGAAACACUCGCUCCACUGAAUGAUAUUGCCCUCGGACCUCCGAUAGCCGUUGACUGUCAAGACCUUGCCGUGUGGCAAGUGUCAGAAAUUCGUUAUGGAUUGGAAGCUCAAAUUGGCUGGGAAAUGUCGUUCCCGGAGGCCGCUUUGGUUGAACGGCUGUUUAGCUUGGAGAUACCUGGAACAGAUGAGCUGCUGCUGCUGGCCUCUCAUACAACAAACUCGUCAAUGGUCUUAUUCGGAUUAGAAUCUCAGGACAUCUCGCUCACUGAUACGGAGAGUCACCCCGGGUUUGAUUUCGACCAUCCCACGCUUGCUGCAACGGUUUUGAAUCGCGACACUGUUGUACAAGUGACUACCCAUGGUGUGCACGCCAUACUUAUCGAAGCUGACGGCGACGUUGGAGAGUUAUGCCACCUAGCAUCACGUAUCGCCCAUGCGGGCUUCUUCGCGGGUGACCAGGCCAUUGCCACCACCCACCGCGUCAGUUCAGGCUUUGAGCUUGGUGUGAUCGACAUCGAAGCCUCAGAGGACGGAGACCUUCGUUUCACACAGCGUCCGCCUGCGACACUGAGACACAUUCCCAAUGCGAUUUGCUGCCUCCAGGUACAGGGCAUGCAGCUAAUUCUGAUCGGUACAUCAACUGGAGAGAUUCUGGGUUACACUGACACUUUAGAGCUUGUUUUCAAAUUUCGAGUUCAAGAUCUCGGUGCGAACGUUGAGAAUACCGCAGUGUCUUCGUUGGUCGCACUCAAACAGGACGCAGCAGGCCCCAUCUUGCUUUUGUGUGGUCUCCGCUUGGGCACCGUCAUGUGCUUGGAACUCAGGGUGAAUUGUGAAGACCUCUCGAAAACAGCUUUGAAAUGUGACGACAUCUACCGCGUUGGAGCAACUUCUGUGCAGAUUGUCGAGGAGAAGAGUCCACCUGGCGGUCCACAGUACCCAUCUGCGCUCGUCCUUUGCGAAUAUACACUUCGCCGCAUCACGCUCCAUCCCAAUUCGGCCGUGGUCGACUACACAGUGUCUUCACUGUGGGUGACAGAUAGGACGAAGCCGUCAUUCCAACCGCUGAUCAAUGCAGUCCACCGCAUUCCAAAGCUUGCAUCAGGAGACGAACACCCUGGAGGCUUCCUGAUUUGUGCUGUGGCAGAGGAUUUGCUCUUCUGUUCUGUGAUUGCUCAGGAACACGGAAUCGCAAAGCAUCUGAACCUGAAUGGUAUUCCCCAGCGUAUAAUCUACUCACAGUUCCUCCAAAAGCUUGUUGUUGCGUUCUCCAAAGAAGGCGAUCCUACGGAGCUUCGAGGCACAAGGCACACCGGUAUUCCCCUGCCCGAGGGAGAGAAGGACGUUCCCAACCAACCGUCAAAUAAGGUUCAAAGGGUCGGACUCCAGCUCAUCACUCCUAAUUUGCAAUAUCCUAAGUCGAGAGAAUCCGAAGGCGCUCUCUUUUCAACCAUCGUGACUGGAGAUGACAGCGACAUAAUCCACGAUCUCAUUGAUUGGGCACCAACAGACGGACACAAUCACUAUGAAUGGCUGGUACUCGCUUUAGAGCAGUCGAGCACCAAACCCGGUGUGCGAGGACCUGGUCGAGUUGUCUGUGUCAAUGCCAAAAGCUUGGGUAAGGGCAAACCCGACGCGACUCCAAAACUUGCCUUUACCAGUCGGGAACCCAUUACGGCCAUAUGUGCGUACAAGAUGUCAUCUCUCUUGAUUGCCGCCGGAAAAGAAAUCGUCUUACAUCAUCUUGAUUGGUCCACACGCAGAUGGAAGACGUUGGCGAGGUACGGACUCCCCUCAUAUGCGAAUGCCAUCUAUUGCCAAGGUUCUCUCAUCUGCGUAGCCACACAGCAACACUCGUUGUUUGUUCUCGUGGAGAAGGAUAACGUAUUACGCCACCACAAAUGCGACACCAAGAUGAGAUAUGCCAAAGAUAUUGUCGUCUUGGAUGGUUCCACCGCCGUGUUUGCCUCGGCCGAUGUGGGAGGCACGGAUAUCAUUGGCUUCUCAGGGUUGAACAAGGGAACUACCCAAGCAACCCCGGCCUUUCAUGCGACGGUGCCGGGUCACAUCCACCGCUUCCGACUCGACAUGUCACAGGGCUCUCGAAAGACUGAUCGAACUCGCUUCUACGGCUGCACUCUCGACGGCACCGUUCUCCAUUUUGCGCUCUUGAAGCAUCACGAGUGGAAAUUACUCCACUUCAUCGAAGAAAUGAGCUACCUGGCCAAGAAACCGAUCAAGGCGGUGCCCAUCAAGAAGAGAGACGUGGACAACAAGCCAUACCUCUGGCAACCUCCGGCUUUCCGGCCAAAGGACAUGCAUGUCCAGGGAGAUCGACUUCUCAUGAUGAUCGAGCAAGGCCCAUACAACCUUCGAAAUGUUCUGAAAGGGUCAGACAGAUUGGAUAGUUUCAAGGCUUUGGUGAAGGAGACCUUGGGGGAGACAGUGGAGCCUGUGGACGCUGUGGUUGCUUGGAUCAGGAAGUUGAUGGUAUACCCGCCGCGAACCUAA